AUGAUUUUUGUAAUGUGUUUAGUUAGUUGGUUUCAAGAAAUGCGUGCAAGACAAGUUGUUCAUGGCUUUCAACGUCUUCUUCCCCAAUGUAGUCAAGUAAUUAGGGAAGGGAAGGAAAGUAGUAUAUCGGCACCGGAUCUGGUAGUUGGGGAUGUUGUACAUAUUAAAUCUGGAGAGAGAGUACCUGCUGAUUUAAGAUUAUUGCAUUGUAUUCAACUUCGUUUGGAAGCUUCUUCAAUUACUGGAGAAUCAGAACCUGUAGAAUAUCAAUCAGAAGAGGUCUCUGAACGUUUUAGUGUUUUUGAAGCUAGAAAUGUUGCUUUUAAUGGAUCUUUAUGUGUUGAAGGGGAAGGGUUUGGAGUUGGUUGGUUUUAA